GAUUUUGGCGAUACUAAAGUUGAGGAAGAAUUUUGUGGCAUUUUUCAAUUAAAUGAAGUUUUUAUUAAAUAAUCUAGUGAUUGCAGUUUUGAAUUUCAUAUUGAUCAUAUAACUGCCUAUAUAUAUAUACAUGUGCUGCUAAAAUUUGAUCCAUUUGAAUAAAAGUUGAUAUAUUUUUGUGUAAAUUUCAAUAUCUAUGAAGUCUUCACGCAAUCAUUAAUGUGGAAUUCAUUUUUAAUGAUAAUGAUCAGAAAAGUUCAGAGACAGACUUUUUCUCGUACGCAAGGGCCCACGAAUUAGCGACAUCUUCAUCACGUUUGAGAAGAUGAGAAGUGACAAGAAAAUCGUUGUUGAGGUUAGGUCUAUAUUUUGGAGUUGAUUGAAUGGAUUUUAUUCAAAUUGAAUAUCGAAACAUUCGACUAAAUUUUAUUUAAUUACGAGUACAAAAAUGCUUCGGCAUUGCGCUCGUUUGAGUAUUCCCCUGUGCAGUUAUCGUAUGAAAAUUCUCACACGCAAUUGCACCAACAAAACGAAGCACGAAGCAGAUCACGCAAAAGAGGUCGGCUCGAUUAUAAAACAUUGGAGUCGAAAAUUCGAGGAUGAAGGUAUCAAUGAACCGGUUUCAUCGAUAGAACAUAUUCUUGCUCAUGUUGUAGGAACUACGAAGAUAAUGGACCUUGCAAUUUCCUAUGAUCGUAAACUUACUGAGGAACAAAUGAACAAAUUGGAAAAACUGUGCGAAUGUAGGCUAUCGAGAAUGCCCGUACAGUACAUAAUCGGUGAAUGGGACUUCAGAGAUCUAACUUUGAAACUCGUCCCACCUGUUUUCAUACCGAGACCAGAGACUGAAUUACUCGUCGAUUUCAUCAUCAAACGUCUCAAUUCCGAGUCACUGAAUGAAUACAAAAUUUUGGAAAUUGGAUGCGGCUCUGGGGCAAUUUCUCUAGCACUUCUUCAUACGUGCAAAAAGGUGAAAAUGGUGGCCAUAGAUCGUAACGUCCUUGCCUGUCACUUAACGAGAGAAAAUGCCUCGAAUUUAAAGCUGCUCGAUAGAAUAACAAUUGUAAAUGCGUCCAUUGACGAAAAUGGAACCGUAAAAAAUUCAUCGAACGAGACGCGACUGAAUUUGAACGACGAAGUGUUCGAUUUUAUUGUCAGUAAUCCACCUUACAUCCCCACUAAAAGCAUCAUGAAGUUAGCACCGGAAAUAAAAGUUUACGAGGACAUAAGAGCCUUGGACGGAGGUCCCGAUGGACUUAACGUUAUCAAGGCGAUAAUGAAAUAUUCGUCAAACGCUUUACGCAGUGGGGGACGUCUUUUCCUCGAAGUCGAUUCGUCUCAUCCCGAAUACGUGAAUUAUUUUACAACUAAAUAUCCAAACUACAAAUUGAAGCACGAUCAUACCUACAAGGAUUACUGCAACAACGAGCGAUUCGUUGAAAUCUUAAAAAUUUGAGAAUCUAAAAAAGGAAUUUAGUCGUUCGACGAAUUCGACGGUUGUCAUAGUUGAAACGACGGAAAAAAAACACUGUUGACUCUUUCAAAUUUUAUUUUUGUCUCUCGUUGAUUUUUUAUUUCAACGGUAAUACUGGUAAAACAAUGUGUCACAAAAAAUUGUCUACAAAGACUGCACUCUCGUCGUCAAGCACCACAAAAACUUCGGCUCACCCGUUGGAAUGCUAUUCCAUAAUUUUACGUACUAUCAUGUUCUGUAUAUAGAAUAUCUGCAUUAUUAUACAUACGUUCAGUAAAUAUUGUAUAUAACAAA